AUGGGAAUGCUGAGUAGGAAAGUCCUGUGUGGGAAAGCCCUAUGUGGGAAAACCCCGUGUGGGAAAGCCCUGUGUGGGAAAGUCCUGUGUGGGAAAACCCUGUGUGGGAAAGCCCUGUGUGGGAAAGCCCUGUGUGGAAAAGUCCUGUGUGGGAAAGCCCCGUGUGGGAAAGCCCUGUGUGGGAAAGCCCCAUGUGGGAAAGCCCCGUGUGGGAAAGUCCUGCGUGGGAAAACCCCAUGUGGGAAAGCCCCGUGUGGGAAAGUCCUGUGCUCCUGUCAGAUACCUUUCUCACUCUCAGCAGCCCUGUGUGGGAAAGCCCUGUGUGGAAAAGUCCUGUGUGGGAAAGCCCUGUGUGGGAAAGUCCCGUGUGGGAAAACCCUGUGUGGGAAAGCCCUGUGUGGGAAGGUCCUGCGUGGGAAAACCCCAUGUGGGAAAGCCCUAUGUGGGAAGCCCCUGUGUGGGAAAGCCCCGUGUGGGAAAGCCCCGUGUGGGAAAGCCCUGUGUGGGAAAGCCCCAUGUGGGAAAGCCCCGUGUGGGAAAGUCCUGCGUGGGAAAACCCCAUGUGGGAAAGCCCCGUGUGGGAAAGUCCUGUGUGGGAAAGUCCUGUGUGUUUUCUUUGCUGGCCCUGGAUGGCCAUACACAGGGCUCUUCUCUUCCAGAAGCUAG